GCUGUUUGUAGAGUGAAGUUGAGUCACACAGGGGUGUGGUUACCCAGACCUCCCUCUCUUUCUCCUUCCUUCCUCCUCUCCCUCUUUCAAGCUCUCUCUUUCUCUCAGGAGGGGCUCCGGAGUACUGAAGACCUCAGGGCUUCACGGCAGCAGGUAGUGAGCAGCAGCAACAAUGGAGGCCAUAUUGUCGCAAUGGGUUCAGAAGUAUCACGAUUUCAUGAAAGGAGCAGACGCACGGAUACAGGAUUACCCCCUUAUGAAGUCUCCUAUCCUCCCUGGCGCCAUACUGCUAAGUUAUGUGUUCUUUGUGUUGUCCCUUGGACCACGAAUUAUGGCAAAUCGGAAGCCAUUUGACCUGAAGCCAUUGAUGGUUGUUUAUAACUUUGGCCUUGUGGCAUUUUCUGCUUUCAUUGUAUAUGAGUUCCUCAUGUCGGGUUGGUUAACUGGGUACACGUGGCGCUGUGACCCUGUGGAUGUGUCCGAUAAUCCAAUGGCCUUAAGGAUGGUUCGAGUUGCCUGGAUGUUCUUGUUCUCAAAAUUUAUUGAGCUCCUCGAUACUGUUUUCUUUGUCUUGAGAAAGAAGAAUGAGCAGAUCACGUUUUUGCACAUCUUCCAUCACUCUGUUCUGCCCUGCAGUUGGUGGUGGGGAGUGAAAUUUGGUCCAGGCGGUAUGGGCUCUUUUCAUGCUAUGAUCAAUUCCCUGGUUCAUGUCAUUAUGUACUUAUACUAUGGACUGUCUGCUGCUGGACCACGUUUCCAGAAAUACCUUUGGUGGAAGAAACACAUGACAGCCAUUCAACUGAUCCAAUUUGUAUUGGUCUCCAUUCACAUCUCACAGUAUUACUUCAUGCCCAGCUGUGGGUACCAGUACCCCAUCUUUAUUCACCUCAUCUGGAUUUAUGGCACAGUCUUCUUCAUGUUAUUUUCCAAUUUCUGGUACCAGGCCUACACCAAGGGAAAACGUCUGCCGAAGGGUAAUGCAGCCGUCAAUGGCGCCAUACAUCAGAACGGCAAAGCCAAAAAUGGCAAACCCAAGUCCAACUAGACCCAAGCACCUGAAGACGUGAGUGUGCGAAAUCUUCAUACGCACAAAUGCAGCAGGUGCAAAGGAAGGUCUUGCCACCAUUAUUAACAUGCCCAGCUGUGUGAUGGCCAGUAAAAAUAAACUGCCAAACUGGUAUCUGAGUGCAACUGGGGAAUUCACCAGCCAAAUGAAGUGCCUAAAAGACUGUUUAAACCAAAAGUCUGAAUCCAAGCUACCCUAUGUUCCUUCCCUCUGCUAUAGCUACUCUUUCUGCCUGCAGUAUGAAGACACUCCUGAGCAGUCCAUGAAGAAUCCAGCCCACUCCAGUAAUGCAAUAAACCACAUGUAUGUGCUCUUUACUGUACUAACCGGUCCCACAAGGUUACCGGCUGUCAGAUUCCAGUAAAUUUGGGUCAGACAGAUGACAUUUCCUCACUAACUCCUGUUUGCUUUCAUAUCACUUUUGCAGUGGAAAUGUUUUUUGGUUUUAGGGAGAUAUUUCUGCAUUGCUAAGGAAAAGUGCAUGGAUUCUGAAAUACUUGAAUACAGGGACAUCUGUGAGUUGUACAUUUAGUUCCUAGUGUCCCCGUCUUUGUUUUCCGAAGGAAGCAACAGUAUUGUGUGUAUUUGUGUGUUUUGGCUAAAUUUAAUAGACCUAAUGAAUUAGAUUGUCAGCUUAGUGGUGUGCACUUGUUCAUUUGUCAAACCCAACACUUCCUUACCCUUAACCUGUCCACACUCACUUGAUUGUCCUGCAGUUUAUCUGCCACUGAUUUGUCACACUGUAGCAUUCCUGUUGAAUCUUUAUUUUUAAAAAUCACUUUAUUGUAGAUUUAUGCUGCUGGUUACACUGGGUGGGGCCUUUUAUAUUAGACAUUCUAUGCCAAGGUGUGCAAGACUGGCAAAGAGAGUAGGAAAGGUAGGGAAACAUGGCACUGUUGUUUGCACGCAAAACUGGGAACUUCGGGUACCUUAUCUGCAAGUCUGCCAGAACCUAUUUAUCUUUUUUUUUUGUGUGUUAAACGAAUAAUAAAGAAUUUUUGUACAUUGAAACUAUCAGAAUCGUUAGACAUGAACCUAUAUAUCCUAAGUGGUAUUCAAAAAGCCUGCUCUAAACUGGUGUAAGUAUUAAAAUCUUAUACCAAGGUGUAGUGUGAAAAGUAACAUUUAAUAAACACAACAGAAUGCGAAUGAGAUGUUAUAUUCUCUGUCUUUAACUUGCAUUUCAAUAACCAUCUUAAUGUCAUUGGCAACCUCUUUGGCAGCAGAGGGGUUAAAUCUGCACUACACAUUGAUCCUCUUGCAAUUAAAAUAUUUCAGGUUGGAAUAUUAUUUUUUGUUUCACAAACAGUAAAGCACUUUUCUUUAUUAUGGAUUUGUAACCAAGGGGAUCUGCCUGUAUGGAAAUGUCGUCAUAUACUGUAAAGAAUUUAUAGUUAAUAUUGUGCAAUCAGAACAUUUAAUUGCCAAUACUAUUAGAGCAUACAAUGGGGUAGAUAGAAGCGCUGAUCUUUUGUUCACGCUUUUUUUAUAUCCAACUUGUAAUUAGUCCCUUUUUGUUAGUUUGCCAGUUACAUCUCUUAGCAACCACGAAUUCCAAAAAUACGUUUUCUGAUUCAUUUGUCUGUGUAAAUAACAAUUAACUUAUGUUAAAUUUUGCCUUUUUUUCCAACUGCAAAAAUAUUUAAGCUCUUAAAAGAGUAUGUAUGUAUGUAAGUGGGAGAGAGUAUGUGAAACGUAUCUUAAUGCUUCACAUUUGUUGCUGAAGAAUAUAUCCAAAAUUCCUGGGGUUGUUGUCCAAAUAGAAAUACUAGUAUGUAUUUCUUAAAGCAAAUAUACGUCUCUCUCUCUCUCUCUCUUCUUAAUCGGUGCUCUGUGUAAGAACAUUAUCUCCUAUGGCCCUUAAUUGUUGUAUGUGGACUGUAAGCAAACAAACAAAAAAACCACAGUUGUGCCUUAUGUUUUACUGUCUUAUUCCAUUUCUGAAAUGUAUCCUUAAUUACUCUGUAUUAUUAAAGAUGUUCCACCCA